AUGAGGUUUCCGACGUUUUGGCCGUAUAUUGCAUUCCUUAUUGGGUUUUUUACCGUCGUCGUCAAUGAAAUUGAUUGGUUCUAUGACGUGGAAACCAAUGGAAUUUUUGAGACGGACCAUCGAGUUUUUGAGAAAAUUUAUCAAAUCCACGCGAAUGGCGAUGAUAUGCGAAAUGGCGUCUAUUUGACGCACCAUCGCCACCUUUUGGAGACGAUCGCCGACGUUUCGGUGGAGGUGCAUGGAAGGCCGUUCAAAUUGAAUGAUGUUUGCGUGAAACCGCACUUUGAGAUCAUCAACCGGAAUGGGAGUAUCCCGUCGACGGAAUCGCUUCUUUUUCAGAAAUUUGCGCAUGAGGCCCGACGAAUUUCGCCGUGUUUGAUGGUCACACCUCUCAAUUGCUAUUUCGAUUCGCUUUAUAUUCAUGCGGUCAUCGGUGGAUGGAAAAACGCGGAUUUGACGCAUCGGAUUCUCCGCGAUGCCUACAUUGAAGCCUACCCGAAUCGAACGCGACCUUAUAUUAAAAAUGCUACAGAUGCUCUUGCGAUUUUUGAUGGCUUCCUGGCAAUUAUGGAUGAUCUUCCUUGGAUCGAAUUGUUCAGAAGUUGGAGAAAAAGUUUGAACCCGCAAGCACGUCCGCGACUAUGCGCUGAUCCGAUGGGAUCUUGCGAGAAUCUUGAAGGGGCUCUGAAUUAUUUCAAUAUGUGCCGAACGAUGGAGCAAUUCAAUGAUUAUGGAGAGAGAACGAAUACGAAAUUGGUAUUUGAUGGAAUCGAUUCGGGUGAAAUUAGCACACAAUUGGAUUGCGAUCGUCAUCGCGAUGAAUUUAUUGAAUGGAAUCGCAAAAACAAUGCGAUCGAAAUUAUGACGGGCGUGAAAAUCGAUGAGCCGAAUCAUGUGGAGAUACUCAACGGACUGUGCAAUGGAAUAUUUGUGCCUGACGUGAAUUUCUUCGCGAGACCUCGCAAUUUGGACGGCCGCAACUCGUCGAUUCUGCGAAUGGAGUUGGCGAUUGCGUCGCCUGACGAGAUUCGUCAAAGAUUGACGGAUUCGGCGAGAAUUAGCCGUAAAUCGAGAGAGUGGAGUUUGAAUCAAGCAGAAGACGUUGUUCUGGAAGUUAGAUUGGCUAUUAGAGCGGCGGUUGACGCAUUUAAUGCGACAGCUGAUAGGCAAGUCGUUUCGAAAAUCGCCAAACAUGACAUUUUAUCAAAGCCGAAUCUCCGCUUCCGACCGGCGGCCAAUAUUCAAGGAAUUGUCGACGAGGGCGGUCUAUCGUCGAUUUUGGAGUUUCUAGUCGUCUCCUAUGCGAUUUUAAUGGCCAUCCAUUUUUUGAAUUGCGGCGAAUUGUCGGAUUUUGUCGCGCUCAAUUUCACGAUAUUCGCCGGAAUUUUAGCGUUUUUUCUCGUUUUCGCCGAUUCGAAUUGGAUUUUGACGCUGGCGAUUCGUCACUUGAUCAUUUUUGCGUUAUUUGUGCCAUUCAACAUGCUCCUCAACCUCUGGCUUCGUGAUUUUCGCGCAAAAACGCGAAAAACUGGGAUAAAGCGAAGAAUUGAGCGGUUUUUGGCGAGUUUCAAGCCGAAAUGCUGUCAAUCGCCGAGUGCGACGGGAUCGAUUCGAUCGAAAAGAUAUCAUAGGAAGUACGCCUAUGUCAUCAUGAUGGCCCUCAUUCUCGCCGGCGUCUAUUUUCGCGCAACGAUUUUCGAGGUGUUGGUCCCAUUUUUGGUGUCGACGAUGGCCUAUUAUGCACAACGCUGCUACCAUUUAUGGUGUUUCAGCAAAAAAACCGACGACGAAUCGUCGCAAUUUUGCAAAUUUCUUCGACGAUUUCGACAAUGGGUCGAAUCGCCGAUCGGACGACGAGAAUUGCCUGAUUCGGAUGUUGGCGAGCCGAUGAUGGUCCCGAAUUUGAGGCGCCCGCCGCCGCCGCCGUAUCGGAUGGGUCGCUUAACGAGAUUUCGGCGAUUUUUGGAAUACUCAUUGAAUUUCUUCAACAUUUUGAUGGUCCUUCACACGAAAUUGUAUUUGGCCAUGUUUCGAAUGAAGAAGCGCAAAUUCUACAUUUGCUGCCUGAUUGCCGCAUUGUUGUCGAUUUGCACCUUCGCCCUUUUAUGGUUGCCCGUCGAUUAUUCGCCGACGUACGAAUUGCUCGACGAGAAGACGCGCGAUUCGCCCAACGACGAUGUUGUGGUGAAUUUCGGCGAUGUUCCCAAAUGGGAGGUGACGCGAACGAUUGCGGCGAACACAUCGCUCAGAAUUGUCGACGUCGGCGAUCACUCGAUUCGGUGUGAGACCGCCGACGCGUGGCCCAACGUGAUCACGGUCGUCGAGACGACGUUGACCAAAUUUCCGGCGAUCGCAAUUUCCGGAGAUUUGAUUACGGUGUAUCGGAGCAUUUUUGGAGCGUGGCGAUCGCUCAUCAAAACCGAGACGUCGUGGCUCGGCGCUUCAUUGGCCGCCGUCGGACUAAUCGCCGCCGCGUGUUUCACCAACACGGAAUUGUCGCCGCCGCACUUGUCGCUGGUGAUUACUGUCGCGGGUCUCGCGACGAAAUUGGAGAUUUGCGCGCUCGUUCAUUUGCUCGCCGAGCCGCUGUUCGGUGCGCUGAGCAAUUUCGGACUCGCUCUCGUACUCCUGUUGACGUGGCAACCGCUCGUCGCGCUUCGACUGUUCGCUGAACGCCGUCAGACGACGAUACCGAUUCUGAAUUUCGCCAACUCGACGUGCUGUUUGACAUCGCUGGUGUUCGGAGCCGCUGCCACGUGGAUUGUUUCGCUAGUCGCGUUCGGCACGUUGUCGCGAGUUUGCGCGCUAUUCUUCACGUCUACCGUAAUCGUUUAUGUCAAUUUUAUGGCGGCGAUGAUGUUGGCGGUUGCGUGGAUCGAGGCGCCGGAGAAAAAUGUGUUUGAAGUGAAAUUGGACAAAUCGUCGGUGUUCCGGAAAAUCGAUCAAGCGGCCGACUCGAACGGAAUCGAGUUAUGCGAUGUUCAACGUUCGCAGCCGUCGCCGUCGCAUUGUCCGGAAAUUGAGGAAACGGAGUUAUUGCGACGAGAGGAGACGAUUGAGGAUGAGAUUCCCGAAAUUCUUGUGGCGCCUCCGGAAUAUCGAAAGCCGAUUCUGAACGAACGCGAAGAACAACCGCAACCGCCUGAUGAUGAGUAUGAGGUGGAGGUGGAAGAAGAAGACGCUCAUUGUUCGGAAGUAGGUGAUGACGAAGACGACGAAGACAAUGAGUUGGGGUUUUAUUGUGACGACGAGGAGGAGGAUGUGAACUCCGACGGCGAAAUCGAUGAAGAAGUAAUGGAAGUGAUGAAGCGGAUAGAAAGUCGAUGGUUGAUGAAGGAGAAGCCGAAAGCGUCAGAAGCCGUUGAUGAGAAGGAGCAGUUCCUCGAGAAGGUGAUGACGUCGGACAACGAGAUAUUGAAGUUGAUUGGCUCGAAGGACACGAGAGAGGAGAGGAAAAAAGAAUACAUUGAGCUACUCCAACGCCACGACAAACUUCACCCGCCGGGCACGAUCUCGAAAUCGCAAGAGGAGCUCGAGCUUGAGAUGGUGAUGAAGGCGCUCGAAGAGGACCGGAAUGCUCAUCAGGGACCAUCAACGUCGACGCAGAGGACGGUGAACGGCGAGAAGAAGGCGUCGCAUCCGUUGGCACAUCAGUUUCCGAAGCACUUCACGUCGGAGAUGAUCGAAUUCAUGACGAAUCCGGCGAAUCGGGAUGGCAUCCCGUGGACGGGCGGCAUUUACAAACCGGAAAAAAUUGAGGAGCCCGAGCCGGAGCGGGUCGACUGCCCGCCGGAGCUGGUUGUUGUGUUGCCCGGAAUGGAAGAAGCGGAGAAUCCCGGAGUUGAGGUUGUGAUUGUCUCGGAAUCCGAAGACGAAGGAAUCGGGCCGGCCGAUGAGGAGGAAGAAGUCAGAGACGAGGACGACUAUUAG